CAACCAGAUUGUUAAUAGAAUCUAAAACGUAGAAUCCACCACGUCCACCCACCAACAUAUUUCAACUGUCUUCACACCCACAAGAAAGAAAAAUGCCUACAAUCUCCAUACUUGUGUUAAUUUUUCUCCUCUCUUUCGUCAUGCCGAGCAUGAAUGAUGAAAUAGCGUAUGAUUUCUUCCCCUUCAUGAGAAUAUACAAAAAUGGUACAAUUGAGCGUUUCAUGGGUAAACUAAAGGUUCCUCCAUCGCUCGAUCCCAAAACUGGCGUACAAUCAAAAGACGUUGUGAUCUCACAUAAGGAAAACAUAUCUGCGAGGCUUUACCUCCCCAGUUCCACCACCAACUCAGCCCAAAAGCUCCCUCUUCUUGUCUAUUUUCAUGGAGGUGGCUUCUGUGUUGAAAGUGCCUUUUCUCCAGUUUAUCACAACUACGUUAACUCCUUAGUUGCCAUGGCCAAUGUGGUUGCUGUCUCUGUUGAAUAUAGGCUUGCCCCGGAGCACCCUCUGCCUAUUGCUUACAAAGAUUCAUGGACCACUCUCGAAUGGGUUGCUUCACAUUUUAAUGGAAACAGCUCCGAAGAGUGGCUGAAAAGAUAUGCAGAUCCAACGCGUGUGUUUUUCUCCGGUGACAGCGCUGGGGCUAACAUAGCACACCACAUGGCUUUAAAAGUGGGCACAGAGGGCUUAGCUGGGUUCAAGCUCAAUGGGAUAGUCUUGGUGCAUCCAUUUUUCUGGGGGACAGAACUUAGUAGGGCAGAGUUAAAAAUGCCACCAAUUGUAAGAAUAUAUAUGGUCGGUCUGUGGCGUUUUUUAAACCCGUUGAGUAGUGGAACUGAUGAUCCACUUUUCAACCCAGUUAAGGAUCCGAAACUGAGGGACUUGGGGUGUCAAAAUGUGUUGGUUUUUGUUGCUGAGAAAGAUUCGUUGUAUGAUAGGGGAAGGUAUUAUAGUAUGGCACUGAGAAGGAGUGGAUGGAAAGGGGUUGUAAAGGUAUGGAAAACAAAGGAGGAGAACCAUGUAUUCCAUUUGCUCCAACCCACUAAUGAAAAAGCUGUGGCCAUGAUGAAAAGGAUUGUUUUGUUCUUCAAUUAGGUUUUCUUGCCAUGGCCUCUAAAGCAGAAAAAACUUUAGCUGCAACAGGUAUAUACAAUCAUGUGUUACUUUAGUAUGAUAAGAGAGAAACACUCAUGGUUGUAUACAAUUGGUGAUAGGGUAAGAAAAAAGAUUUCGUUGUUUUUCUCUCGGUUUUGUGCAAGUACCUUACUAUGUAAAUAGUGUUGCACUACAGAGUGUUUAGCAUUCUGUAAGUUUGGUAGGGGGUCCCAAUCGUCACUUCAUAUGUAAAUACAGAGUUUUUAAUUUUAU